UUAAAGAACAAGAGAACUACAUUCAAACUGGGCUGGAAAAGAAUAUUUGGACAAUCUGUGAUUGUGAGAGUGGACGAGUCUUCUAGCUAACCCUAUGAGCUUUGCAACCACAGCAAUCACUUUCUACAUCCUCCUUAUAAUUUGCCUCAUUUGCAUCUGCCUUUUAUUGGUGGUUUUUUUAUUUAAAUGUGUCCAAAGUACAGAUGAAGAAACAGAAAAAUAUCCUUGUACAGAUGCUAAUAGAGAUGAAGAUUGUUUAGCUGCUAAUGUGGAGACAGACAAUUCAGGAGACAAAGACAAGACUCUCGCACCCAUGAGGCCUGGCAUUCUUGUUCAGAGACAGAGUAAAGAAGUGCUGGCCACACCCUUAGAAAACAGAGGGGAUGUGGAGGAUGGAGAGGUGGCCAAAGUAAAAGAGAAGCAAAAGCCUGAGAAUGCUGGAGAAAAUGUUCAAGAGGAUGAUGACUUGCAAAAACCACCCAUACCAGUCACUGGAACUCCUUCAGUUGUUGAUAACCAAAAAAGACCUUUGAAAGGAGUGACAUUUUCUAGGGAGGUAAUUGUUGUGGACCUUGGGAAGGACCACCCUGUAUCUCGAAGCUAUGCUCGAAUGCAUAAAGAGAGAAAAUGAAGCUCGGAAAAGGCUGAGAGUGAAAGAAUGUAACCUUAGACUCACACUGAAAUGACUGGGAGUACAAAAUCAUGUUGAACUAGCAAAAUAAUGGGGAAUUAAGCAAAUACACAUAGUAUUUUAUCUUUGUGCAGAAAGAAGUAGGUUACAUGCAAAUUUCUGUAAGUAAAAUACCCAG